AUGUCCUGGCAAGCAUACGUCGACCAGAGCCUCGUCGGCACUGGCAACAUUGACAAGGCCGUCAUCUGCGAUGCCACCGGCCAGACAACUUGGGCCUCAUCCCCCGGCUUCUCCCUCACCCCCGCCGAGAUGGGCGCCAUCGCCGCGUCCUUCACCGACAAGAGCGAGCCCAAGGCGGUCAUCGCCAACGGCGUCAAGAUCAACGGCGAGAAGUACAUGACCAUUGAGGCAUCAGACGAUUCACUCAAGGCAAAGAAGGGCAAGGAAGGCGUCGUGGCCUACAAGACAACCCAAGCGCUCCUGAUCGCACACCACAAUGCCGACGUGCAGACGCCUAACGCCUUCAACAGCGUUGCCGAGCUGGGCGAGUACCUGAAGAAGGUCGGCUACUAG